CCACAAAGCAGUGAGGGAAGCAGUCAUUGUUGGACCUACAUCCUUGUGCAAGGUGGGGAGCUCCUGCUGGGAGGGAGCAGGUGGGGAGUUAAGCAGGAGCUGCUAGUUGGGUGUGAGGGGCACUGGCAUAUCAGGGCUGUUCAAUGCCACAAAGCUGCAGGGGGGACAUUGCAGCUGGACCCACAUUCUGGUGAGCAAAGGGGGCAGGGAGAGCUCUGAUAUUUUUUUGUUUUUUUUUCCAUGAUGAAAACCAAAAUCAAACACUAAAAUAUGUAGGUAUUUAGAAUUUAUUUUAUUAUAAUGAUUGAGGCACUGGUAGCCUUCCAAAUUGCUUUAAAAUUGUAAAUAUAUAAAUAAGACAUUGUGGUCUACUGAUACCUAGUGGUGUUUAAUUUUAAUUGUAGAAAAAAAUGGGUUUUGGGUUUUAAUCAGAGAAUUUUAGGGGGUUUUAUCCCAGAAUUUGGGAUUUUUAACAGAGAAAAACCAGGAUACCUGGUCAUUAGACUGCUCACGGGUUUUCUCUUAGGCUAUGGGUACUAGUCCCCCUCCCCUUCUCCACAUUCCUCCCUUCCUCCCUCCUUGCUGUCCUUCUGCCUUUUGAUUCCUGCUGGGGUACAAUGUGGCUUCCCCUCCCCCCACUUCCCUGCCAGACUGUGCCUGCCUAGAGUUAAAGGAUAACCGGUAAGCUAACUGGUUAUCACUGCACUUACUGGUUAAAUAAUUAAUAGUUUAACCUUUCAUGUCGCUACUGCCAUGCUGAUCUGCCUAGAAUAUAUUUUGAACAUAAGAUAAAGCUAAUAAAGAUUCAACAAAAAGUUAUUUUAAUUUUUCAUGCACACAUUCAGUAUAUUCACAUAUCUCACAUAUACCCUUUCAAAAAGAUACAGCACCUUGUAAAAACUAUUCCUAGGAAGGCAGAUUUCUAGGAAAAAGACGAGCUACACUGAGAGAAAUAAUUCAUAAAAUCCAAAUAUUGGAAUUAAUUUUUAAAGCUAAUAAUAUUCCAUUAAGUAAUUUUGAUAGUGUUUUUACAAGAAACUCACUUAGAUGCACCUACUGAAUCCCCUCCUUUUUCACAGCUCAAUUAAAAAUUAUCAUGGAAAACCACACCAUUAGCCUUGUGCUUAAAUAUAAUUUCACAAGAUUGUCAUCUUCAACCCUCUGGGUAGUUUAUAGAGCUUAAGCAAUAAUGUUGGAAGUGGGGCCAUUGGUUUCACCUGAAAAACAGGAUCUAGAACAGUGGGUUUUGUUUUGGAUGACCAGGUCUUUUAUUUUGUUAAGGAAAAGAGGAUUCUUCAAAUUGGAUGUUCAUGGACUUGUUUUCUUUAGAACUUUUUUAUUGACCUCUAGCUAAAGAAAAUUAUUCAGUAUUUUCUUAAUGUCCACCAAUCUUUAAACUCUAUCUUUACUCUUGUUCUCAUAGUUCUGUAUAAGAGCUUUUUACAAUUUCAUCUCUGUGUAGAGAAUAAUCCAACAUUACUUCCAGCAAUCCAUGCAUUGUUUUAUAAAUGGACCUUUUCCCUAGAAAAUAUUAAAAAAAAACCUGGCUGCUGACCAAAAGCAAUUAAAAUGUCUUGCUUUUUAAACCUGGUACCUUCAGUUAGGCAGGGCUUGAGAGGAUCUGCAAUACAUGGGGACUUUUGAGCUAUUGGUUACAUUUAGAGAUACAUGAGGGAAUUUCAGAAAUGAUAUUGGAGUUGGCAUCACAUUUUGGAGAUGUACCAGGUUCAGUAUUAAUGGGCAUAGAUCUGACACCAGAGCCAUCAGUUUUUGUGGAGCAGAAAAGAUAUCAAAACCUUGUAAAGAUUCGCAGAUACUAACAAGGGAGUUUUAAAGGUAUUUCUUCCAUUAGAAUCUUUACUUUCUUGCUAAUCCUGCCCUACGUUCCUCAACAUAACCUAAAAAUCAAAGAAAUCAAAGUGCAUGUUUUUAUCUGUGCCAGUAUGGGGCAACAAUAAAUUGUGCAGCUUAUUGCUUUACGGUUUGUUGCUCCCGGGAAGCUCCUGGGCGUAUGGUUUACGCACGUGCCUGGGUCUGCAGCAGGCUUGGUUGGCAGGGGAUCCAGGUGGUCAGUCUCCCAGCCCGAAGCUGUUCCAUCUGGGCUCAGUGUGCUGUGGAGAGGCUGGAUGGGGCAUAAGGAUGCUUCAGGUUGGGUCUAGCUGGCAGGCAGCCCUGGCACUGAAGAACCCUUGUGCUCUAGCUAGCCAGCUCAGUCUUCACACACGUGCUGGUGCGCAAGAAAAACCUCCACAGCCGGGUAGGACUUACAUUUACAUGUCCUACUCUGAAUAGGGUCACGCAUGUAGAUCCUGAGAUGUUUACUGCACAGUUAAUUAGUCAACUGCACAGUAAAUGUUACAUGUAGAUGCGCCCAGUAAAUAGCUUUUUACUUCCCUAUGACCAGAAAGUACUGACGAUUCAGAGCAGAUUCUGCUGAUAACUCUGGGAAACAAUAUUAUCCUGAGGGAGCAAAUAGGGUAGAUAUAAAAGGGGAGAUUUGGGUUUUUAGUAGACAAAUUGUCAUGCAAGGAUUGCCCACUUGACCUAAGAGCAGGAAUUACCUCCUUUUUACAGUUAAACUGGUUAAUGAUCUGGAGGACUCAUAUGAAAGAGGUAUGAUAUCCACCAGUUUUAUCAUCAGGAGUUUAAGCCUCUCUCUCGAUUAACAGGUCCCCCCACCCCAAAAAUAAUGGGGUGAGAUCUGGUAUGUUGGAUACAGGUUUCCCUUGCUUUAUGCUGUGCAUGCGUUCCUGGAAAACGGUACAUAACUUGAAUUUGCAUAAAGGGAACCCACUUUACAAUGUAAUAAAUAGGGAUACAUUCCAAGACCUCGAUUGUACCGAUCCCCCAGACCCAUUUCUACCACUUUUACAAGACAGUUUUGGUACUCGCCAACAGCAGACAGUACACACAAGCACAGGGUGGUGGUGAAUGUUACUAUAAUGGGCAUGGCAACCACAGAAACACGUCACAGACAAUGAGCGUGGAGCACAGAUCUACACAGGAGACUAUAUUUUUGGUGCGUGUCACUCCCACAACACACUGCACAAAGCAGCUGACUGCAAGCUUCCACCACACCGAUUGCAUAAGAGUGAAUUUACCUCGCAUCUAAUGAAUUUUGGUAUAAAAAAGUCAUCGCAUAACAACGAAUUCACACACAAAAACAGCGAAUUCACACAGAACCCGCAUAAAACGAGAGAAAUCUGUGCUAUGAAGUUUUCAAGGAUAUUUUCUGUCUGCAAAACAUCAUUCACCACAGAAAGAAUCUUUAAGGCUGACAGCUUGUGGGCCAAAUCUUGGAUGAUUUGAAAAAUUGAGUGUUCGGUCCAGACAAACGCAUUAUUUAUCUGAAGGUUAUUAUAAGUGCCAGUAACUUCAGAAAAGAUUACAGAAAGAACUGUUGGCUUUGCAGAAUGACCCACCUCCAGGAAUGACUUUAAAUGAAAAGAGUGUUCAAAAUUCAAUUACACAGUGGAUUGUAGACAUGGAAGGUGCUCCAGGAACAUUAUAUGAAGGAGAAAAAUUUCAGCUUCUAUUUAAGUUUAGUAGUCGAUACCCUUUUGAUUCUCCUCAGGUCAUGUUUACUGGUGACAAUAUUCCUGUUCAUCCCCAUGUGUAUAGCAAUGGUCAUAUCUGUUUAUCCAUUCUAACAGAAGACUGGUCUCCAGCUCUUUCAGUGCAAUCUGUUUGUCUUAGCAUUAUUAGCAUGCUUUCCAGCUGCAAAGAAAAGAGGCGACCUCCAGAUAAUUCAUUUUAUGUAAGAACAUGUAACAAGAAUCCAAAGAAAACAAAAUGGUGGUAUCAUGAUGACACAUGUUGAUGCCACCGUUUUGUGAUCCUCGUAGCAGAAGAUAGUCCUACUGAGAAAAUGAGCACUUUGAUCAUUCAGUCUUUGAACUUUAACCUUUGACUGGAAGUGACCUAUAGGCAAUGAAGACUACUUCCUUUGACUGCAUUUUUACUAGUGUGCAUUCUGGGCGCAUGUUGAUCGCUGGUUCAGUCCAUGCAACUGACAUGCUUUUAUUAGUCAUACAGUAUUAAUGCAGAUGUCUGGAAAAGUCAGAAUAAUUCCAUUUAUUUUUAUUUUAAGCUUUUGGGAAGAAUUCCAGGUCUUCAUGUAUUGUGCAAUAACAGUGACUUCCUUGGCGGUUUUGGUGCAUCCAUUGCCGGCAAUGGACUUUGUACCAGGAAACGUUUUGAUCCUGCCACAAAACAAAAGAUUGAUGCAUGAUAGAGUUUAUGAAAUGUUUUAAAUGUAUUGGGAUUAUAAGCAAGGGAUCCAACAUUACUUCAAAAGCCACCCCAUUCUUUUACAUUUGGAUUCUAUGCACUGUGAUCACAAAGCUAGCAGCAUGACAACAUGCUUAGCUAAAGGACUAUAAUAAGAUCAUUGCAUAUUUAUUAAAUUGUUUAUUUUCUGUCAAAUUGUUUUAACAUGGAAAGUUUUCAAGUGACAUUGGCAGAGAGGUACAAUGUUAUCCCUAUGGUGAAAUAAAUAUACCUUUUUUUUGUAUAUAAUUAUUCAUAUCUCUGAAGCAAAGGUAUGAGUAAUUUAGGGUGGGAGUGAUUUAAUCAAGAUUUUAUUUUGGCGAUAAGAAGAUGACAGUGAUAUAACUGAAUUUGCUGCAGUCCAUAACUGGGCUUGAAAUUUGUACAUUAAAGCUUAUUUCCAAAUAGAUUGCACACUGUUACUUCCUGCUAGCCAUCAGCAUGAGCCCUACUGCCUACACGAUAUUUCAUUUAUUUAUGUUUGAAAACAAUCCAUAUAACAUUUUUUUGUUUGUGUUUAGUUUCUUUUGUUGUGUUGUAUGUCAUGUUUGAAUGUUACAAAACAAUAUUUUGAUUGAAAAAGCUUUGUCAGAAGAUAUUUUUCUUGUAAAUUAUUUCUUUACCUUGUAAGCAUCAUCCUGUCUUUUAAUCCUGUACUAUAAAGAAAGAAAUACAUUUUUGACAGAGGCUUAAUGUUUUGACAAAAAAGUGUGGACCUUCUUAUUUAAGUUUAGACAAAAAUAUAUUUUGUUAACUUGAUUGUCCCACACAGCCAUACCACUUUUUUUCUGGACUUAUUUCACAAAACUUAAUUACAACGAGUUUAACAUUUUUCUACAGAGAAACAGUUGUUGAAUAAUAGAUAAUUGUUCUCACCACUAUGUAAUUUUGUGAUACUGCAAGUAGGCUGUCUUUUUAGGAAGCACUGAUGUCUUUUAUAAACUUACUACCUUUACACAUAUGCAAAAUUUCUAUAACAUUGCUGUUUUUACUGUUGCCUUAUUGUUGCACUCUUUAAAAUAACUUCUAGUAGUCAGUAAAUGAAUGUGUGAAUCAAUAACUAUAUUUACUUGAUUUUUAAAAUAAGAAUCAGAAUCACUAAACUUUAAAAGAAUACCAGAAUUGGCUGAAAAUAUUAAAGUAUUUUUUUACUGAUGUAUAGUAACUGACAACAUUUUAUAGCCUUGUGUAAACUUCUGUAUGUUACUUAAUGUUUAAAACAUACAUUUUUAAAAAGUGUAAAUGCUGAACUCAGGGUGAGUAGAACUCAAAUGGAUCUGCUUUAGAGAAGUGCUAUAUACAGCCACUGAAUUAUGGAUAUUGUCAGUGAAGUGAGGCUACUUAUGAAACUGCUACCUUUUCUACUGUAUUGAGUCCUUUUGACCUUUAAAACUCAACAGUAAAAAAUUAGUUAAGUUACAGAUACAAACUUGGUAUAUAUAAACUUUCACAGAGAGCCUUUAAAAAUCUUAAUUUUUAUUAAGAGCCAAAAAUAAUAAUUUUGAGGAUAUGAAAUAGUUGCGCUCCUAUUAUAACUAACUUUAUUUAGCAUGAACUUGUCACUGUAAGUUAAUCACCGCUCAGUUAGUGUUUGUGAACUGUUAGUAUGCAUGAGCAGUAACUAUUUUGAAUAUUUAAUCUGUACUUUCAUAUUAACUGCUCUGUAUUUCUGACUGACCUAUCCUGCAGAAUUCCAUGUAUUUAUCUUCAUAUAGCUGGCUCACAUAAUGGAUCAUGUCAAACACUCAUUCUGGUAAUCCACAGUAAAGAAACAUUACUAUGGUAUAUAAUGCCUCUGAAGAAAUUGUUACAGUGCAUCCUGUCAGAUUCAAGGAACUGUUUUUAUACUGUGGAUUGUGAUAAUACAGUAUAAUGGUUUCAAAGGAGCUUUAUGAUGUACUGUAUCUUGUCAAAGAUACAUACUGUAGUGUUAAGCAUUCUACUUUGAUUCACCUAUCAGCAUUAUGCUGUGGAUUAAAAUGAAGAUGAAUAAGUAAAUCAAAUAGCUGCCUUCUUUUAUGCUGCUCCUUAAAACAGAAGUGUAUAUGAAAAUCCUGUAGUACGUUAAAAUAAAACAAAAAAGCAAGGUGAAUUUCAAGAGAGAACAUCUCGGGAUAUCUGUCCUGUGGUUUACAAGGGAAAAGCCUCCACACAAAUAUCCCAGUUCUGUUGCUGGUCUGUAGGUGAAUUCACCUGUGUACAGAGAGCCAGUACAAAGCGUAUGUACCACUUAAGCCUUCCAAAUCAUGCAGUUACUCUGACAAGGCUGCUAUGUUGCAGGACAGAGUAUAAAUUAGUUGCAAGUUGGGCUGACCUCCCAUGGAUGAAUUACACCCUAUGUGUGAAACUCUUAUUUGUCAAUAGGGGUUCCUUACAUGAAGGAGUGACAGAAUUAGCUCAAAACUACCUUGCUUUUCUUUUAUGUCAAUGCUCAAAUUGUUGAACAUCUUGUGUUUAGUUUGUUUAUACCAUAACGCAAUAAAUGUUUUUAAAAUAGA